CUGUUUUCUAUAUUUCGCCCCUCAAGUAUGCAACUAUUUUUAUCGUGAAGUCCCCACUCUUAACAACGAAGUCUUCCUCCUCGAGAGAGAGGAAGAAGAAGGGUUGCAGAGGGGAUGAAACCUCUGCCUUUCUCUUCCACUGAGAGCAGAGGUUUGGUAACAGAAGAAUUAAAACCAACUUCGUCAAUUCGAUUUCAUCUGUAAUAGAGAGGUGAACUUACUUAGGAAAAAAAUAUCUUAGUGGUGGAAGCUAUCUGGAGGACAAAAACAGGAUAGGCAGAAAUAAUAUACAAAAGAUUUAAAAGGGAAUCCACAUCCAGAAAAAGUCCCCAUGCCUUUGCUUCCUAAUUCUUCCAUGAUUGGACAAAAGAGAUCACAUGGAAUUAGUGCAGCCACCUAUAUACAUUUACAAAAGUUCUCGUUGCAUUUGUUGGAAAAUAAUGUACCAACUGCCAGAAGUUUCUGCUACAUAUUGGAGAUAAUUGAAGGAAAUGGGAGGUUGCUGCUGUUGUUCUUCCAGAAGAUCUCACCUUAAUGCAGCACCAGUAUAUUACUACUGCCCACGAACAUCAGAGGAGCGUGAGCCCUUAUCAUCACACCAUGGUGCAGCCUCUACACUCUCUUCUGGGCUUCUUGUCCAUACAAAUCUGGAAACAUCAACACCUGACACUUAUCGAGCACCACCUGCACCCCUACCAUAUGAUAUGGAUUUAGGGCGUCCACAAACUCCUCCAGUCACUCAAGGUGGUAGUGCUGACAAGAGUGAAGAUGCACUGCAGACAACAGAUACUGAAGCCGUCAGAGAAACAAUCAGUGGCAGUGGUUUUGAAACAUCAGAUAUGUGUGAAAAUUUGAAAGAAUCAGGCUGCAAGAUAGAGAAAAAUUCUGCACUUGCCUCUGCAAAGGAGUCUGAAGUUGAACUUUCAAAGUUGAAUGAACCUAUUGUUUCAGCAGCUGAGGAGGAGGAUGUUUGCCCCACCUGUUUUGAAGAGUAUGAUGAGGAGAACCCAAGAAUUAUCACGAAAUGUGAACAUCAUUUUCACCUUUCCUGCAUUCUUGAAUGGAUGGAAAGAAGUGACACCUGCCCUGUAUGCGAUCAGUUAAUGGUAUUCAACCAAUGAUGAAGUUGUAGCAAUCUGAGACUUGCCAGAUGGAGUAAACAAGAUCUAUAGUAGCACGAAGGGGUACAGAGACAUUGGAUUUCUUGAUUAGUGGUUGUCAGAGUCAGAUUCAACUGUAGUUGUCAUGUUGUUUUGAAGGACUUGCGCUUUUGAAUUACAAAAAUAUUUUUGUGCAUGCACACGUUGGAGUUUUACAAAAGACGGAGACCAACCGUGCAAGACAUUGAAAUAAUCUGCUUCUCGCAGUGCCUUCUAUCAACUUGAUUGUUGGUGCGCUGAUGCAGUCAGCAAUAUAGAGGCAGAAGAAUUAUCCAAGCUGUGCAUGCCUAACGAGAUGGGUCCCUUUCUUUCUUUCUAUUUUUUCCUGUAGAAAGUGGUAAAUUCUACAUUUUCUAAUUGUUUUCCAUUCCAGGAGUUCCAUCAUCUCUCUUCUCUGUACAGCUUAUGCUUUCGGUUUCCACACACAGAUGAAAUGGUUGGUUGUUAUUUGCA